GUGCCUGGCGCACGGCCAAGAACAAGCCUGAUGCUGUAGAGCUGCAGGGUUGGACGCAGUUCCUCCCGCCUUCAAACUUAGAGUUUUUGUUCGCGCAGUGGCGAGCAGAACUCCUCCGGAGGAUCACUGAGACCGAGGGUCAGUACCCCGCUGCGGAAGAGUCCCUGGGCAUCUACUUGAAGCCACAGAAGGAUGUGGUCGUUCGCAAGAAGCAUGCGCCAGGCCAGCUCGUGAUCGCCCCCCUGAGCUGCAAGUUUGACAUCCGGCCUGAGCAGGAAACCCCCUCCAACAGCUUUGCCAUCUGCGUCGGUGUCCUCGAUCUUUUGGGCAAGAAUUACAGAGCGUGGAUCCUGCCGUUUCACUCUGCGCCGUCCAAGGCCGAAGUGGACGCCAAUCAUCGGCCUCUGUUCGUGCACCCUUUUUGGACCAUGAAGACAAGCAGCGAUGAGAAGGAGGCAAAUCUCGAAAUCGCUCCAAAGGGCCACGCCCAGCGGCGGAUCAAGAUCGACGGUGCCUGGAAAAUGCCAGUUGCCAAAAACAAGACUGUCCUCAACGAUGGCGACCAGCUAGUCUUGUUCAGGCCUGUCCCUCCCAAGCCUGAGCCAGAGGCGUUGGUGCCGGCUGGGCAGGGUUGCAUAUACUCGCCCAAGCGUACCGGCUCUUGUGAGCUGCAAAGAUCUAGCACUGACCUUGCUCGAACGCCAGACUUGCUGGAGAACAUGGCUGCGCAGCGCGCGCGCAUUCAGCAGGUGUGGCAGAUCACUGGCGGCGACCUGAAGAGGAAACAGACUUGGGUGGCCGAAACAAAGGAAGUGGACGGGAACACCUUUGUGAAGAUCGAUAAGUGGAAUCGACCCUUUGUCUCGUUCGUGACUGGCAAGGCCUUGCAACUGCAAGCGGGUCGCGAGGCCCACCGCCUCUCCAUCCCUGCCUUCGGCAAGCUUUUGGAUGCGCGCAAGGACGCCUGCGCGGAACUUUACCAAGCAACAGUGCGGGAGGCGGCUGCGGCCGCCGGAGACCCCGAACCCCAGGCCCGGCAGCCCCGGGAGGCGGACUGUUACUUAACAGGCCGCGUGGUGACCAUGAGGUUGCCUGCUGUCGAGUUCGAGGGGGACACGGCGGAUGCCAUCGAGAUGCGGGCCCUCUGGUCGAUCUCAGUGCCGGAGAUGUGGGUGGAGCUGACGGAGGCCAACAUGGACUAUCUCCGGGUGUGUUUGAAGAAGGGCCUCCAGGACCACACGGGCUCAGAGCCUCAGCGGCGCCGCCGCAAGAAGCUGCAGAACGCGCUCGGCGACAAGCACGCGAAGUCCCCCAAGAAGAAGAAGUCUCGCAGCUCACGCCGCAGGAUGAACGCGAACCCAGAAGAGCAUGAGCCGGCUCCCCUUCCCCCCCCUCCUGUUGCCAGUGCAGAAUGUGAUGAAGAGCACGAAACCAUGUGA